GAACCCGCUUCAGUUUGGACUUUCUUAGGGCGAGCGACCUCCACACGCAACGUGGUCCGUAGUGGAGGAGUCGCUCGGCUCAGUAAUUAUAAGUUAUUGAUCUAAUGAACCGUCAGACAGAACGACAGAAGGCCUUCGAAAGGCGCUUCCGGUUUGCUCCGACACUUACGGCUCAGUUCCGGUGUGGUCCGACGGUCGGACGUCCCACGGAGCAGCUGAUGAACAGGAGCUGACCGGACAGCUGCGGGCAUCGUCUGGUGGUUAUCGAUGACUGAUGGAGGACCGCGUCUCUGCACCCAGACUGGUCCUGGUCUUCAGCGGGAAACGGAAGUCCGGAAAAGAUUAUGUGACGGACCUGAUCCACGACCGUUUGGGCUCGGACCUAUGCUGCAUCCUGCGUCUGUCCGGACCCCUCAAGCAGCAGUACGCACAGGAACACGGUCUGGACCUGGACCUGCUGCUGGGGACUGGUCUUUAUAAGGAACAGUAUCGGGCUGAUAUGAUUCGCUGGGGAGAAACUCGGCGACGGCAGGACCCUGGAUUCUUCUGUCGCCUAGCAACCAAAGGAGCACGACAACCAGUCUGGGUGGUGAGUGAUGCACGGAGGCUGUCGGAUCUUCAGUGGUUCUGGUCUGAGUUUCCUCAACAAACUCAAAGUGUCAGAGUUCAAAGUUCAGAAGAGACCAGGACAAAGAGGGGGUGGAGCUUCACGGCAGGGGUGGAUGACGGAGAGUCAGAGUGUGGGUUGGACAGCAACAUUGAAUUUGAUUGGAUGAUCCGUAACGAGGCCAACGCCCCCUCUUUGGACGAGCAGCUGCAGCCAAUCCUGAUGCUAGCUGAGGAAGCAACUGAUCAUCACUGAUCAAUAACAUUAUUGGUGGACUACCCUGAGCCGCUGCAUCAGGACAAAACUGUGAUGAACAAAAUGUUUUCCACCAAAGAAAUAAAGUUAAAACUCUUGAA